AUGUCCGCGCUCGGUCGCAUCACCGCGUCGAUAACGGCGCGUGCGUCCACCGCGCGUCGUCGCGCUCCGACGAGGCGUCUCGAACACGUCGCAUCGAGCUCAAGAGUCCUUCGCCAAAACUUCACCGCCGCCGACGAUGACGUACAAACGUCGACGUCGACGUACAAACCGAUCGAAGAGAUCGACGUUGACGGAAUGAAGAAGGAGACGCUACGACGAAUCGAUCGAGCGAUGAAAAAGGUCGGGAAGACGACGACGAAAUUGCGUCAAGGACGUGAGCGAGUGGACGCGUUGCUCGCGCGCGAGGACGCGACGGAUGACGAGUUACUCGCGGCGCCGGACGUUGAGGCGAUCGAGGCGGAGUUGAAGGCGUUAAAGACAGAAUUAGCGGAUUUGAAUACACUGAGCGAGAUUCUGAUGUCGUGUAAGAGUACGAACUCGCCGGCGUUCGCGGAGGAGGCGUACCCGUUGGCCGCGGCGCUCGACGUGAAGGAUGAGCCCCCGGCGAGGCCGCCGAGAGUGGUGAAACAAAAGGGGCCGAAGAACGUGACUAAGCCGCGGAUGCCGUACUGGACUUUUGUGAGCGUGGAUGGAAUCGACAUCCGCGUCGGUCGAACGUCCUCGGAUAACGAUAGCGUGAGCUGCGACCCGCAGUGUAGGGACUCGCGGGACUGGUGGAUGCACGCGGCGGGAUGUCCGGGUUCGCACGUCGUCAUUCGAUACACCGGGGACGAUUUACCCAAGGAGACGAUUAUAGAUGCGGCCGUGUUGGCGGCGAAGAAUAGCAAGGCGAACCAAGUGGGUCGCGCGCAGGUGUCGCUCGUGCGAUGUAGACAGGUGAGCAAACCGCGCGGUGCGAAGCCCGGAUUGGUGCAGUUGAGCGGCGAUAUUCGAACGGUGACGGUGAACGUCAAGGACGAGGCAGAACGCCUGGAAAGAUUGAUGGCGACGAAAGAGUAG